AAGCGCUGCCUGACCAAUCAGGGACAACUCUCGUUGAGAUGAGACGUUGUGUCGCGAUAGUUCGCGGGAGUUGGUUUGAACUGUGGCGGUUUGCUGUGACAGACUUCUGAUAACUGCUAACAACUAAAGAUGGCAGCAGAGGAGGAGAUCCAGCGGCUGAAGAGCCAGCUGAGGGAGCGAGAGGAGCAGGUCCACCAGGCGGCCCAGGCCGGCCUGGAUCUGCUCAACCAGCAGAUGGACCUGCAGAACAGGCUGGAUGAACAGAGAGUGGAGAUGACCAACGCUCUUGAGGUCCUCGAGCAGGACAAGUACUCCCUGCAGAAGGAGGUGGCGUUAAAGACUCGGAUGCUCGAGUCGCUGCAGUCGGACUAUGACUGUGUGAAGAACCAGCAGAGACAGCAGCUUCAGGAACAACAAGAACAUCUGGAGAGGAGCCACAGCACAGCUGUCAGUGAGCUCAAUAACAAGAUGCUGAGGCUGCAGUCGGCUCUGGAGGAGUCUCAGCUGAAUGAGAAGCAGCUCAAACACAAACUGGAGGUGCAGACAGAGACUCUGAACAACAAGAUGGAGGAGCUGCAAGCUCUGAACGAACACACCCAGAGCUCCAUGACGUCUGAGAUGAUGGAGGUGCAGAUGAAGAUCAUGGAACUGGAGAACGUGAAGGUGGAGUUGGAGCAGGCGCUGCAGGACUCUCAGUACAGAGAGCAGCAGCUGGAGCUGACCAAUAGUAGCCUGCAGCGCCAUCUGGAGCGAAUCACAGAGGAGAAGGAGGAGAGAGAGAAGGAGGCAGUUUCCUGGUUUAAUGCUCUCGAGAAAUCUCGUGAGGCGAACCGGGAUCUCCAGAUCCAGCUGGCCCAGGUUCUGCAGGAGGCCCAGGAUCCCAACAGCAGAGGGAACUCUCUGUUUGCUGAGCUGGAGGAUAAGCGCGCUGAGAUGGAGAGACAGCUCAUCAGUAUGAAGGUCCAGUAUCAGUCUCUGCAGAAACAACACGCCUUCAGCAAGCAGCAGCUGCAGCGCAUGAAGUUCCAGAUCGCCACUCUGAUGCAGCUCCAGAGUUCCAGGGCUGAUCCUGCUCAGCUGGAGAGGCUGCAGUCCAUGCUGUCCGAGAAGAACGGAGAGAUCCAAAGUCUCAUGACCAAACUGCAGAGACUGGAGAAGGUGGAGAUGAUGCUGAAGUCUCAGCCAGCUAACCCCGCUCCAGCAGAGAGCUGUGACCGCCAAGAUGAAACAUACUACACUGACCUGCUCCAAAUGAAGCUGAACAACACAGUUAAGGAUGCAGAGCGUCUGGGCGAUGAGCUCUCCCUGCAGAGGAUGAAGUCGUUGUCAGAGAGUCAGAGAGCUCUGGAGCUGGAGAGGAAACUCUUCUCAUCUGAACGGCUACUCAAACAGGCUCAGAGUGACAAGAUCAAACUGCAGCUACGAGUGGAGGAGCUCCAGCACAAAUAUGAACCAAAAGAUGCAAAAAAGAAUCCGAUCCAGAAGAGAAAGAAGGAGAAGCUUCCUGUCGACAUCACACCCUCUGAGGAGACGACCAUCGACAAGGGCCAGCAUGUUGUUGCCGUGGAGAUGGACGUAACAAAUACUAAGACUGAAGACCCCGCAGCACACACCUCUCCUACAGCUGAAGCAGUGAACGCCACUCAAGGCGUGUGCAGCGGAGGUUCAGAGCCUGAGCCACGGCCGGCCAAGUGUGUGAAGAUCAGUGCAGAUGAGCCUGUAGUGAUCCCCAGCCCCAGCUCUCCUGUGACCGAGUGUAAAGGGAUGGAGGAGAACCUGCAGCAGAACAAGAGAGAGGACAGGAGAAAGAAACUAACAGUGGAGGUGAUCCACGUCAACUCCAGCACCAGCAUGGAGAACCAGUGUGCUCAGCAGUAGACUGCUGUGUGCUGGAUGUGUGUAUAAAGUGUGUGUGCGCCUGAUCUGUACCCUUUUCAUUCAAAUAUGUUUUAGUCUUUACCUUUACCUGUGUUUCCUCUGUGCUGUCAAUAUAUUUCAGUGUUAAAGUAAUAAAAACAUU